AUGCUUUUCCCCACCUCGAGCGAUAUCAAUGAGGUCUUCUCCUGCAGACACCCAUUGACGACUACCAGAUCGCAGGAGUCGACCCCCAAACCUUUGCAGAAAAAAACUGCAAGACCCCAGUUCUCGAUAUGGAGCGUCACCGAAGAUGCUAAAAGCAAGGCCAAUGCCUUGAGUGAAGAAGCCCAAAGGGAGAUCAAGAAAGCUAGCGCAGCAGCACAAGCAAAAACAGGGCAGAUAGAGCUCUACUCAGCCAAAUAUUACGCUGCUUGCAUUUUCGGAGGUCUUGUUGCCUGUGGGUUGACCCAUACUGCCGUAACCCCAUUGGACCUGGUCAAAUGCCGUCGUCAGGUCGACUCGAAGAUGUACAAGGGCAACUUUGAGGCUUGGGGCAAGAUUGGUCGAGCGGAGGGUGUUCGUGGUAUUUUCACUGGGUGGGGUCCAACGUUCUUUGGCUAUUCGGCGCAAGGUGCAUUCAAGUACGGCGGAUACGAGUUCUUCAAGAAGUUCUACUCUGAUCUUGCUGGAGAACAAAACGCCUACAAAUACAAGACAUCGCUAUACCUCACCGCCAGCGCUUCGGCCGAGUUCAUUGCUGAUAUAGCACUUUGUCCAUUUGAGGCUGUGAAGGUGCGAAUGCAGACCACCAUUCCUCCCUUCGCCUCUGGGACUUUCAGCGGAAUUUCAACAAUCACUGCUAAGGAGGGCACCGCAGGGCUUUACAAAGGUCUGUAUCCUCUAUGGGGCCGUCAAAUCCCGUACACCAUGAUGAAAUUCGCCUCUUUCGAGACAAUCGUUGAGAUGAUAUAUGGCUAUAUGCCCGGCAAGAAGUCAGAUUACGGCAGAGGGACACAGACCGCUGUCUCUUUCGCUGGAGGCUAUGCUGCUGGUAUUCUCUGUGCCAUCGUGUCUCAUCCAGCAGAUGUCAUGGUGAGCAAGCUCAACGCAAAUCGCCAGCCUGGAGAGGCCUUCGGAGCUGCCACGGGCCGCAUUUACAAGGAUAUCGGAUUUGGUGGCCUCUGGAACGGUCUCGUGCUAAGAAUCUUCAUGAUAGGCACAUUGACAUCCUUGCAAUGGGGUAUCUACGAUAGCUUCAAGAUCUUCAUGGGUCUCCCAACCACAGGAGGCGCCGCUCCACCGCCUAAACAGACCGCAAACCUCUAG